AUGGGUAGGAUCAGUAUUUCUUGUCUGUUUCCUGCUUCUUGGCACUUCAGCAUUUCCCCACUAGGGUGUCCUCGAAUACUGAACACCACGUUACAACAGAUCAUUGUCAUUGGUUGCUUGCUGUUGCAUUCUUCUGCUGUACUAUUCCGUUGUAAAUAUGGCUACAGGGACAAAAAGCUGCACAGGAAUCUUGCUCGAGUAACCGCAGAAGCCAUAGAUACCAACAAUCUCAAACUGAAUUAUGGCAUUAUGGUAGACUGUGGUAGCAGUGGAGGAUCUAGGAUCUUUGUGUAUUGGUGGCCAAGACACAAUGGCAAUCCACAAGAUUUGCUGGACAUCAAACAAAUGAGGGACAAAACCAGCAAACCAGUGGUUAUGAAAAUUAAACCAGGCAUUUCAGAAUUUGCUACCUCUCCUGAAAAAGUCAGUGAUUAUAUAUUCCCACUUCUGAGUUUUGCUGCAGAACAUGUACCCCGUGCAAAACAUAAGGAAACACCUCUGUAUAUCCUCUGUACAGCAGGGAUGAGAAUCUUGCCAGAGAGUCAGCAAAAGGCUAUACUAGACGACCUACUUACUGAUAUUCCAGUGCAUUUUGAUUUUCUGUUUUCGGAUUCACACGCUGAGGUUAUUUCAGGAAAACAGGAAGGAGUAUAUGCAUGGAUUGGCAUUAACUUUGUCCUUGGAAGAUUUGAGUAUACUGAUGAUGAGGAUGAUGCUGUAGUGGAGGUACAUAUUACUGGCAGUGAAAACAAGGAGGCAAUUAUUCGAAAGAGGACUGUGGGUAUACUUGACAUGGGUGGUGUGUCAACUCAAAUAGCAUACAAAGCCCCUAAAACUGAUCUGCUGGAGGAGAUAGCCAAGAACCUACUUGCAGGAUUUAAUCUGGGGUGCGAUGCUCACCAAACUAUACACGUGUACCGAGUCUAUGUGGCAACUUUCCUUGGCUUUGGCAGAAAUGCUGCACGGCAGAGAUAUGCAGACAGCAUAUUUACCAACACAGUAUUUAGAAACAGGCUUCUAGGCAAACAAAUUGGUGUGGCUUCAGAUACCCCCUAUUUAGACCCUUGCCCGCCUUUGGAUGUUGAGGAUGAAAUCCAGCAGAAUGGGCAGAAGAUACAUCUUCGAGGGACAGGAGAUUUUGACCUGUGCCAUGAUGUUAUUCAGCCUUUCUUGAAUAAGACAAAUGAGACACAAAUGUCCUUGAAUGGCAUUUAUCAGCCUCCCGUGCACUUUGAGAACAGCGAGUUCUAUGGGUUCUCAGAAUUCUACUGCUGUACUGAGGAUUUAUUGCGGGGGGGGGACUACAAUGCUGCUAAUUUUAUUAAAGCUGCAAAGGAUUAUUGUGCAACAAAGUGGUCUGUUCUACAGGAACGGUAUCAAUGUUUUAAGUCAGCCUGGAUGUACGAAGUGUUUCAUAACGGCUUCUCUUUUCCCGUAAACAAUGGCAACUUAAAAACUGCACUGCAGGUCUAUGACAAAGAGGUGCAGUGGACACUGGGGGCUAUCCUCUAUCGAACACGAUUUUUGCCUUUGAGAGACAUCCAGCAGGAGAGCUUCCGAGGCAAUCACUCCCACUGGCACAGCUUCUCUUUUGUUUACAACCAUUACUUAUUCUUUGCCUGCUUCUUCAUCGUGCUGCUGUCCAUCCUACUGUACCUGCUGUGGUCGUGACGGAUUCACCGGCAAAUGCUGCACAGUGGCCCAUCGCCUUCCCUCUGGAUUGAAGAAGGCCUUCCACCACAGAAGAUCCCAGGAGCCUUAUAAGCUGCUGAAGAAACACUGGUCUUAAGACUUGCUAAAGAAAAAACCAUCGGUUUUGUCUCAGGAUUCUUUUUUCAUCCCUAGAAACCAUUGCCUGAGCCUCUCACUGCAGCAUUGGCAUUGAGAGGUCACCCAUAUCUGGAAGACUGAGGAAAAAAGCAGGGUCAACUUGGC